GUGAGUGGUGGUUCUUGAAGAAACGCUCGCCAUGAGCUGGAUAUGACGUUUGCUGGGUCACAAGAUGGUGUACGACUGCCCAGAAGCUCUGCAAUGCAGGAGGAGGCCGGUGUGCAAGACAGAGCUGUCCGAAGUAAACGAAAGGGUGGCAAAGUGCAGGUGAUGCCUCCUGAAGACAUCUCCCCGGCGCGUCGUGGAAUGAAACCAUCCUUGGGAAGAUUGCCCAGCCGUGCCGAAUCCUUCGCGGACUUGGACAACUUGUCUUGGUUGAAUGUUUUGUUUAGCUGGCUAUGGCCGAAUCUCAACAGGGCCUUGGUACAGUUUGUGAAUCACGAGUUGACCCCGAGGUUGCAGCAAUCGUUACCUUCCUUUUUCAGGAAUGUCACGUUUUCUCGCUUCACUCUGGGAAGUAAAAGCCCUGAGUUGGGCCCAGUGCAAGUCACCCGCGGCAAAGAAAGAGUGGACAUUGUCCUUGACAUGAAAUACUUCAGUGACGUUGAUGUGAGUGUAGACACUGGCAAUGGUUUGUGUUUUGGAAUGAGGCAGUUGAGUUGCAGCGGCAAAGUUUGUAUCUCCUUCCAGCCCAUUAUGCCGCAGUUCCCGAUCGUGGGCGGUGCUCAGGUGUUUUUUCCCCGCGUCCCAGAGUUGGACAUGGAGUUCACGGGCCUGGCCGCUCUGGGGCACUUCCCUGGUAUUGAGCAGACCAUCAGGGAUUCGGUCAAGGAGGCGCUAAGAGGACAUUUGGUCCUUCCACGAAUCAAGGCCAUCGUCUUAAGUCCUGAGGUGGACCCUCUCCAGGCCAUGGUGCGACGGCCUCUGGGAGUUCUGCACGUACGAGUCUUGCGAGCCAGAGACCUUGCAGGAGUGAACUGUCACGCAUUUGAAGAGGGAUCUUUUACUUCUCACCCUUAUUGUGUUCUCUCGUUGGGAGAUACCUCCUUCAAAACGAGCACUGUACACAACACCACUCAGCCGGAGUGGCGAGAUGAGCCAGGAGGCUACCUAGUGGUUCAUCACCGCGAACAGCAUCUCGACAUCGAGGUGUUGGCCGAAGCGUCUGGGAGUCUCUUGAGCCACAACUUCACUGGCUUUCUGGGCCGUGUCUCCCACAGGCUGGGGCACAUGCGCCGCUGGCGUGAGGCAGGAGGGGCGAGGCGCCACAGCUUGGUUCUGGAUACAUCACAGGUGAAUCGUGAGCUACUACACGUGGACGACCCAGUCAAUCAAGGAAGCGCAUCGACUUUGGAAUUGGAAGUUCGGUGGUUUGACAUGGUCAGCCCAUCCCAUGAACUCGCUAUUUCUCAGGUUCUGAUCGCACUGGAUCUCCUCAAAGGCAGAGGGUUUCCCACAGGAACAGGGCUGAGGUGGAGGACCUGGAUUGAUGAUUUUGAAGCGUGUGUAAAGGUAAGUAAAAAGGGGCGCACUCAUGGAAACCAGCUACAAUUCCCUCAAGUCGCCAUCAACCCACGGCUUUUUCCAGUCAUUGACAAUCUUCACAGCCGUGGAUACAAAUUGAAGGACAUUGUGUUCAUCCUUGGCAUUGCAGAGGAACUCGUUCAGUCCUACAUCAGGGCGCGUGAAGACUUCAAUCAUCGGCAAGAACAGUUGCUGCAGGCACAAAGCAAGGAGGACUACCGUGUGGAAUUGCAGUGGUUUGAAAAUAUUGUACACAUGGUGGAUGGCCGCGAUUUGUCUAAGAAGCUCCACAUCGCUCUGUACGACGAUCAGGACGUGGAAGUUGGGCAACUGGAACCGGUAUGCUUGAGGCUUAAAGUGCGCACUGCUUCACUGUGGUCUAUCUUCUCAUUUGGAGACUGGGGAAUUUGCCCUGGUAUCGGUGCUCCUGCGGCGGGCGUGAAUUUCCGAUCUCCGAAUGGUCUCCGGGUAUGCUCUUGAUGGUCUCGGUGCAGGGUUGGUGUUGCCUCGCUCGUGCUGACUUACAGUAAUAACUGGUUGCAGGAAAGGGCCGCGGUGUUAUUGUGCCAGUCACACCAGUGCUACCUGAGUCGAUUCCUGUUUCGUUUGCUGACUGACCUAUGAUGAUUGAUCGACACAACUGGCAUCAUCCCGCUGAUG